AUGGACCCCGUCAUCAUAACGCCGGAUGACGUAGCUGAAGCGGUUCGUGGGAUCCCGAACUGGUUGAAGGGAUUCGUGGUGUGUCACGCUGUGCUCGCCCGACAGUUUCAAGAGGUUCUCGACCAAAAGUCACUCCCGCGUCUCUUCUGGAUCUGGACUGAGAUCACUCACCUGGUUCCUAAAGACCGGGAUUCCACAGACCGGAGCAAAUACCGCCCCAUUACGUGUUUACCCACCAUAUAUAAGACACUGACAUCCAUUUUGAGUACGCGAAUCAAUCGUCAAAAUGGAUGUCGGGUCGAUGGUCGUGGAACCAAGGAACCAUUCCUCAUUGACGCGGUCAUUGGCAAGGUGGUUAAACGCAACCGUCGGAACCUCUCCGCCGCCUGGAUAGACUACAAAAAGGCAUUCGACUCGGUGCCUCAUACAUGGCUGAACAGGGUCCAGCCCUGGCUGGUCCAGCCCAGAACAGGCUGCGAAGUUGAAGAAAAAAGUAAGGUUGCUAACUUUGAGAGCAUAGACUUAUAA